UUCAACUAUUCUUCUGUUCAUCCCUCUCCACCAUUGUCAGCUCUGCAACUCUGUCUCUCUCUCCCAUCUCACUUCCCAUGUUCCAUGGCCAUUUCAAGUUUUCAUCUUUCACCUUCUCUCACCUCAACUUCUCCUACUUUUCUCUCUCUCUUUCUCUACUCUCCCUUGUACCCACCCAAGUAAAUACAAUGUCUUCUCUCCUCAUCUCUCUCUCUUCAAAGCCCAUUAACUCUGCCAUCACCUCUUCUCUUCUUCUCUCCCAAAACCCUCUCAAGCUUUCUCUUCUUCUGCUUAAACUUGUCUAAUCGGUUGAAACUGAGAUGCCCAUUUGGUUUUCUUGGCUGAUUCUCUAGAAAACAGCCGGCCAAGACCAUUUCUUUGCUUCUGUUGGGACAAUCAAGGGAAGACUCAGUUCUCUUGGCUGAUGGGUUUCUGAUCUGUCUUUUCACCUACAAAGCACAGCUCUUUAUAGGCUCUUUUGAUUCUUUUUCACCUACCCUGUUCUUGUUUGUUGGAGUUCUUUUCAAGUUUGAGCCAAAAAUUCGUUUAGGUUCUGAAGUUCAUCGGCUGAGAGUUAAUGGUCCUGAAGCUGUGCUUUGAUUAAAUGGUUGCUAAGUCCCUGAGGUUCUGGACCCUUUGCCAUCUUUAUUGGGGGCAUGGCUUAGCUAGUUAAUUAGAAUUUCAAGUGGGUUUUCUUGGUGCUUUUGUUAAAUCCUUGUCAAAAUGUCUGGAAAUGGUCCCUGUUUUGUGGAAUGGAAAGAACAAUUUGUUUCUCAGGAGAGGGGAAACCGAGUGGUUCAUUAUUUCUUAAAGGAUUCUACUGGAGAAUCCACUCUAGCUGUUGUGGGCACUGAAAGAAGUGUUAGGCACAUGUUUUAUGUCAUUGCUGAGGAGUUUUUGCAAGUUUAUGGAAAGGGAAGUUCCAUUCAUGCUGGUUUCAAAUGGAGAUCAAGAAGAGAAGUUGUAGAUUGGCUCACUUCUAUGCUCUCCAAGCAGCAUCUUCAUGGAGAUAGAUCUGAAUCACCUACACAUGAUUCAACACAAGCAUUGGGGUUUCCUGAAUACCCAAUUAAUGGAAUUAAUCAUAAUCACGCUUCAGAUGGCAAGGGCCGUAUUGCAAAGAGUUUCAGGGGACGAAGUUCGGAUAUUGUUUGGUCAGGAAGUCCAUGGGCGUGUGGUAAGCAGCUCAAGCAUUAUUCGGCAUUCUGUAGGAACGGGAUUACAGUAUCGAUUCAUUCUUUUGUCUUUGUUAUGGCGAAGGGGGAGAAUCACUACAUUGCUUAUCUGGAAGAUAUGUAUGAAGACAAGAGGGGUCAAAAAAAGGUCAAAGUGAGGUGGUUUCACCAUAAUCAGGAAGUCAAGGGGGUGAUUCCAAUACGAAAUCCUCACCCAAAAGAAGUUUUUAUCACACCAUAUGCGCAAGUCAUUAGUGCUGAGUGUGUAGAUGGUCUUGCUACAGUCUUAACUCGCGAACAUUAUGAAAAAUGCACAGCUGCGAUCCCUCAAGCUUUCUUAGUCAAAGUACAUAUGUGCUAUAGGCAGUUCAAAAGUAACAGAACAAAGUCCUUUGAUUUGAGUAAAUUGCGAGGUUAUUUUGAUCAGCCGAUUCUCUCUUGUCUCGGUCCGGAUUUCUUCCUUCAGCCCGAGUCUGCGGAAGAAGAUGAUGACACAGGCAAUGGUGAAAAUGUAAAGCUGGGAACUAAGAGGACUAGAAGCAGUACAGAUCAUUCAAGAGCCAAAAAGUCAUCUAAAAAUUGCGGUUCAAUGAGAGAUGGCCCUUGUCGGAACUCAUGCUUUGGUUCAUCUGGGAGUGAACUAUUUUCACUGAAGCAUUUUAGAUCUCAGCCUUGGUUGACCCAACUGUUUAAGGUUGAUGACAAGAUAGAAUUGUUAUGCCAAGAUAGUGGCAUCCGAGGAUGCUGGUUCAGGUGUACAGUCCUGCAGGUAUCAAAAAAGCAGAUGAAAGUCCAAUAUGAUGAUUUGCAAGAUGAGGAUGGAUCUGGCAAUCUUGAGGAGUGGAUCCCAUCUUUUAAACUGGCAAUGCCUGAUAAACUUGGCAUGAGGCAUCCAGGCCGUCCGACAAUACGACCAACCCCUACCAAAGAAAAGACAGAGCUUUCCCUCGAUGUAGGAGCUGCAAUUGACGCAUGGUGGAGCGAUGGUUGGUGGGAAGGAGUUAUAACUGGAUUAGGUAGCUGUGGUGAUUAUGUGCAAAUUUUCUUUCCUGGUGAAAGCUUGGUCUUGAACUUACACAAAAAGGACCUAAGAACAUCCAGAGAUUGGUUGGGGGAUCAGUGGAUUAACAUUGAGACGAAGCCUGACAUAGUUUCAGCCAUAUCCAUGGUUUCUAGUUCUGGGUCAAGGCCUUCCACGUCGUCAACUAUUCACAAAGACAUCAAUUCCGGUGGUUUAGCUUCUACUUUUGAAGAUCCUGCCAGCACUAAAUGCAUCAUCACUGAAGAGGAAAAUCAAAAUCUCAACUUGACUACAUCUACUAGUUCUGAUGACCCUCCUAAAGAUAUGGACUGUGUCAAUUGUGAGGUUGAGAAGUCACCAUCACUGAGAGACAAUGUUAAAGAGGAUGAUGGAGUGGAUGCUGACAACAGUUGUGAUAAUGCAGACAGUUUCAAAGGCGAUGGCAAUGAUGAGAAAGAUGGAAAUGAUGAUAUCGAUGGCAAUGAUGAUAAAGAUGGUAAUGACAAUUCCAAUGAUGAUGACAAUGCCGACGAUGAUGAUGGAAAAGUGAACACAAAGGAGCUUGAAACUUCUGAGCAAAAGAGCAGUAAAGAAGUAGAAAUGAUGGAAGAAGCGGGAUAAGAUGUCUAACAUGAGUUGGUACGCUUUUAGUGUUAUGUACUGUUAUUGUUUUUUUGUCAAUUGUUAAGAGUGGUUUUUUUUUCCCUUAUUAGUUAGUGUCUCUGUAAAUAGUUACAAAGUCUUUGGGGGGAAAACUCAUUCCAUUCAUUCGAAUUGGUGGGGGCUUUUGUAGGUGUACAGUCACGGAAUUAGGAUUUUUAUUACCUUUCUGAUUUUUACUAAUUGCAGUAGAGUUUAGAUACCUUCAAUUAGGAGCUCCAUAAAAUGAGUCAAAAGUCUGAUUUCAUGUUACACCAUGAAAUGACUCACCCUGUGCUUGUUUUGUAUCAUGUGUAAAAAAAAUUUGAAAUCUAUAAUGAUAUCAGAUCAUUUGUGUUCUCUA